AAUGCCUCUAACGCUAAUAAUAAUAAUAAUCCUAAUCCUAAGGUACCUCGCCGUACUUCUAUCCCACUCAACCUAAAGUCCCAUGUAUGCCCAGUACCCCAGUGUCAGCGACAGUUCAAGCGACUAGAGCAUCUCAAACGACACAUGCGGAUCCACACUCACGAACGCCCAUUUGCGUGUUCAUUAUGCACUAAAGCCUUUUCCCGUUCAGACAAUCUUUCUCAACACAUGAAAACCCAUCAACGC